CGUCCCACGGUCCCUCCCUCUGGCGUGACGGGAGCUCGGGCGCCGGCUGCCCGCGCUGCGAGCGGCCGAGCUGUAAGCGUGCAGAUCAGCCCAGUUGAGCUGAGCCCAGAGGAGGCAAGAGCACGGUCCUCGCUUCCCAGACUCCUCGCCGGAGUCCAUUCAGUGCCGGGAUGCUGCUGCUCACCCUGCGGCGGGCGAAAGGCAGGGAUCGGGGGCGACCGGCCGGGGGUCCCCGCCGCGCGCUCUCGCUGCCCUGGAGCCCCGCCUGGAUUUGCUGCUGGGCGCUCGCAGGCUGCCAGGCAGUUUGGGCUGGAGACUCGUCCUCCUCUGGCCGCCCGCUUCCUGCGUGCCAAGAGCUUUCUCCUGUGCUUCUGGAGAGUAUCUAGAAAUGAAGAACCAGGUAUGCAGUAAAUGUGUGGAAGGCACCUACUCCUUGGGCAGUGGCAUCAAAUUUGAUGAAUGGGAUGAAUUGCCGGCAGGAUUUUCCAACGUUGCAACAUUCAUGGACACUGUGGUGGGCCCUUCUGACAGCAGGCCAGAUGGCUGUAACAACUCUUCUUGGCUUCCUCGUGGGAACUAUAUAGAGUCUAACCGUGAUGACUGCACUGUGUCUUUGAUCUACGCUGUGCACCUGAAGAAGUCUGGCUACGUCUUCUUUGAGUACCAGUACGUGGACAACAACAUCUUCUUUGAGUUCUUUGUCUUCCUUUCGGAAACCCCCUAUGCCAUCCACAACCUGCUUCUAUGAGGGUGCUCCUCCCCCACCCCCCGCUCCCAUCUUCCCACCCUGGCAUUCCCCUAUACUGGGGCAUCGAACCUCCUCAGGCCCAAGGGCCACUCCUUCCACUGAUGUCCAACAAGGCCACCCUCUGCCACAUAUGCAGCCAUGGGUCACUCUAUGUGUACUCUUUGUUUGGUGGUUUAGUCCCUGGGAGCUCCCGGGGGCUUGGUCUAUUGACACUGUUGCUCCCCCCAUGGGGAUACAAAAGAAAAGGAAGCGUUUGAAUAAGAAAGAUAUAGGUGGAUGGAGAAAAACAUACAUAAGUAGUGUAUAGUGUAAAGUACUGAAGUGCUAAGUUUGAGCAUCAAGUGUGACUUUACCUCAGAACUACCGUUUCUUUUCAAAAUAUGAAGCUGAAACCUAGAGGAGUUAUUGGUCCAUGAUUAUACUUUAACUAGUUUCAAAAUGAGUAAUAAAAUUCACUUCUCCACAGUGGCGAGGAAUGUCACAAUCACAUGAUAAUCUAUUGUGUGUAUAAAAAUGUCUUUAGCAUGUAUAUUAGUUACUCACUAAAGGUCAGAGCCUGUAGCUUCUAGGGAAUGGCUUAAUGCUGGUGUCAUAUUGCUCAUGAUGGUCAGAGGAGAAACACUCCACACAUUCAAUUAAAGGAAAUAUUAAUUGGAUAGUUUCUUGAUAUUGGAAUCACCAGUGGGACUGUUUUCUAGUUAAUAAGUCUUUAGAAAAUUCUUUUAGUGAAAACACUCUGAGCUUUGUGACAGGAAAAUAAGGACGGCAUCAAGAAUAAUUUACAAAAGAGAAAGAUAGACUUGGCAGCUGAUAAAUACAUUGGUGAUAUCUGACUCCACCCUGCUGCUAACUGUAUUGCUAUACCAGCAUAAUGGUCUGCCUUUUAGCUAUUGAGCUCUAUACCUAUGCGCAUACCUAAAAACGUAGUCUCCUAACCUCUAAGCAUCUUUGAAGCUUACUCAGAGAGUUCAAGAUGGUUUUUUAUUACUUAUUUAUUAUUAUUUAAUUGAUUAUUAUUUAUUCAUUUAUUCUGCAUCCUGAUCACUGCCUUCCUCCUGGUACCGCCUCGCACAGUUUCCCCCUUUCUCCUCUGAGAGGGUGGAAGCUCACAGUGCUUAUCCACAACCCUAGCACAUCAAGUUUCUGCAGGUUAGACACAUCUUCAGGCCAGACAAGCAGCACAGGUAGGGGAAUGGGAUUUAUACGCAGACAACAGAUUUAGGGACAAGCUCUCACUCCAGUUGUUGGAAGACCUAAUGAAGAUGGAGCUACACAUCUGCUACAUAUGUGGGGGGCCUAGGUCCAGCCAGUAUAUUUUCUGUGGUUGAAGGUUCAGUCUCUGAGAGCCCCCAAAAGUACAGGUUAGUUGACUGUUGAUCUUCCUGUAGAGUUCCUAUCCCCAAGUCUCCCAAUCACUCUUCUGUAAGACUCCCUGAGCUUCGACCAAUGUUUGGCUGUGGAUCUGUUUCAGUCAGCUGCUGGGUGGAGCCCCUCAGAGCACAUUUAUGUGAAGCUCCUGUCUGAAUGCAUAACAUAGUGUCAGGGGUUGGUGCUUGUCCAUGGGAUGGGUCUCAAAUUGGGCCAGUCAUUCCCAUAGUCUAUUCCAUCUUUGUUCCUGCAUUUCUUUUAGACAGGAUAGAUUUUGUGCUGAAUAUUUUGUGGGCAGGUUGGUGUUCUUAUCCUUCCACUGGGGGUCCUGCCUGGCUACAAGAAGUUGCCACUGCAUAUUCUAUAACCCCACUGCUAGGAGUGUCAGAAAAGUUAUCACAAAGACUCACGGGAGUCUUCCCCUUCUCUGGUAUGUCCUGGAGAUGUUCCCUAAUCCCCAUCCUUUGCCAGCUGCCGAUUUCCCACAAUUGACCCUGAACCUCCCAUCCUCCUCCCCAUCCCCUCUCCCACCCUGUCUCCUCCCUCCCUCUGCCUCCUAUAACUAUUUUAUUUCCCCUUCUAAGUGAGAUUCAAGCAUCCUCACUUGGGCCUUCCAUCUUGUUUAGUUUCUUUGGGUCUGUGGAAUAUAAUGAUAGUGUGUGUAUCCUGUACUUUGUGGCUGAUAUCCACUUAUAAGAGAGUAUAUAUUAUGCAUGCCAUUUUGGGUCUGGGUUACUUCAUUCACGAUGAUAUUUUCUAGUUCCAUCCAUUUGUCUGCAAAAUUGAUGAUAUUCUUGUUUUUGAUAGUUGAGUAGUGUUCCAUUAUGUAAAUGAACCACAUUUUCUUUGUCCAUUCUUUGGUUGAAGGACAUAGAGGUUGUUUCCAGUUUGUGGCUAUAAUGAAUAAAGCUGCUAUGAUGUUCAAUGUAUUAUCUCUAGUCAUUUUAAUUAGCGUGGUAAAUAAUUAAUAUUUACUCCACUACAAAAGGUUAGGACUUAGAUUUUGUUUAUAACCAUGUAGCUACACAUUUAGAUUACAUCCUGGGAAACAAAUAACCAAAGCAGACUUUAUUUGCUAAUUUAAGAUUUUACUGUCAUCAAUGACAUUUGCAGAUAAAUGUAGCUCUCACUCCUUAUCAAAGAAGUUUCUUUUUGCAGCAGAUGGAGGUUAAUACAGAGAUCUACAACUAGUGAAAAAGGCAGAGAAUAAGUUCCUGUAGGAUGCUCAUCCCCAGUUAACAAUCCAACUCCCAGUCCUAAGUCUCCGGGAACAUCGCAGAAGAUGAAGCAGAAAGAUCCAAGAGCCCAAAUUUCAGACACCUGCUGUGACAUAGUGACAUCUCGACAUGACGGAAAAGUUGCACCAAUAGAGUCUUACCAGUGUGGUUGCCAAAUAGGAACUGGCUAAUGACCACACUAGCCAGCAAGGAAAGGAGGAAGCUCACAAAGCCCCACCCCUCGAGGAAAGUCUUCAUGCAGUCGGUGGCUGCUGAGUAAGGCGGAGAAUCAGUUUUCCCUGGGUGUAACCCCUAAUAGGUCACCCUGAUAGGUCACCAAAUUCCAAGUAUUCAUCCUUAAACAUGUGUACAUAUGAGUGACACUGUGGGCUCUGUAAGUGUUUACCUAUGUAUAAUACAUGCAAAAGAAGAGGACAGGAAUCCUGGAAUGGGUGGGGAUGUGUGGGAGGGGCUUUAAGGGGGAGAAGGACGGGUGGAAAUGAUUUAAAUACAGAAUACUCAUGUAUGAAAUUCUCAAAAGGAGAAGAAUUUAAAUAAUGAAAAUAGCUUUUAAGCUCCAGCUUGCAUGUGAAUGUGAGUUAGAACAUUCGGGCAAGUUAGGCAGAGGGUUUGUAAUGAGUUCCCAGUGUUGAUUACUCUCACUGUCCUUACUGUCCAGGCUACAGCAGGUUACAGCAAUGACGUGGGUCAGUCAGAACCACUUCCUCACAUGCAGUUGUAGUGUCGUCUUCAGUGGUCUUGGCGUGUUGGAGAUUGCUUACUUUGCUGUUUAAAGGGGACUCAAGGGUGUUCUUGCAGCAUGUGGACGGACAGAACGAAUGAAAGCUAUUACCCCGCGAGCUUCACUGACCGCUUUGUUUGACUCAUAGAUUCAGAAUGACCAGUGCCAGGAGAUGGAUGCCACCACAGACAAGUGGGUGAAGCUCACAGACAAUGGAGAAUGGGGCUCCCAUUCUGUAAUGCUGAAAUCAGGCACAAAUAUUCUGUACUGGAGAACGACAGGCAUCCUUAUGGGUUCUAAGGCAGUCAAGCCCGUGCUAGUAAAGAAUAUCACCAUCGAAGGGGUGGCAUACACCUCAGAGUGCUUUCCAUGUAAGCCAGGCACUUUCAGCAACAAACCAGGCUCAUUUAACUGCCAGAUGUGUCCCAGAAACACCUAUUCUGAGAAGGGUGCUAAAGAAUGUAUUAGGUGUAAGGAGGACUCCCAGUUUUCAGAGGAAGGAGCCAGUGAGUGUGUGGAUCGCCCACCCUGCACUACCAAAGACUAUUUCCAGAUCCAUACCCCCUGUGACGAAGAAGGGAAGACACAGAUAAUGUACAAGUGGAUAGAGCCAAAAAUCUGCAGGGAGGAUCUCACAGAUGCUAUUAGGCUGCCCCCUUCUGGAGAGAAGAAGGAUUGUCCUCCUUGCAACCCAGGAUUCUAUAACAAUGGAUCGUCUUCUUGCCAUCCCUGCCCUCCGGGGACGUUUUCAGAUGGAACAAAGGAAUGCAAGUCAUGUCCGGCCGGAACAGAGCCAGCACUUGGGUUUGAAUAUAAAUGGUGGAAUGUCCUCCCUGCCAACAUGAAAACUUCCUGCUUCAAUGUUGGGAAUUCCAAGUGCGAUGGAAUGAACGGUUGGGAGGUGGCUGGAGAUCACAUCCGGAGUGGAGCUGGAGGCUCUGACAAUGACUAUCUCAUCUUAAACUUGCACAUCCCAGGAUUUAAACCACCAACGUCUAUGACUGGAGCCACAGGUUCGGAACUGGGAAGGAUAACAUUUGUGUUUGAGACUCUCUGCUCAGCUGACUGUGUUUUGUACUUCAUGGUGGAUAUAAAUAGAAAAAGCACCAAUGUGGUGGAAUCAUGGGGAGGAACCAAAGAAAAGCAAGCUUAUACGCAUGUCAUAUUCAAGAAUGCAACGUUUACAUUUACAUGGGCGUUCCAGAGGACAAACCAAGGUCAAGAUAACAGACGAUUCAUCAAUGAUGUGGUGAAGAUUUAUUCUAUCACAGCCACUAAUGCAGUUGAUGGGGUAGCAGCGUCAUGUCGUGCCUGUGCCCUGGGCUCUGAGCAGUCGGCCUCAUCAUGUGUACCCUGCCCCCCAGGCCACUACAUUGAGAAGGAAACCAACCAGUGCAAGGAGUGUCCAGCUGACACCUACCUGUCCAUCCACCAGGUCUAUGGCAAGGAAGCUUGCAUUCCGUGUGGGCCUGGAAGUAAAAGCACCCAGGACCACUCGCUUUGCUAUAGCGACUGCUUUUUCUACCAUGAAAAAGAAAACCAGACUCUGCACUAUGACUUCCGCAACCUCAGCAGUGUAGGCUCGCUGAUGAAUGGCCCCAGCUUCACCUCCAAGGGAACGAAAUACUUCCAUUUCUUCAAUAUCAGUUUAUGUGGACAUGAGGGGAGAAAGAUGGCUCUCUGUACCAACAAUAUUUCAGACUUUACGGUAAAGGAAAUGGUGACAGGGUCAGAUGAUUACACAAAUUUGGUUGGAGCAUUUGUAUGCCAGUCAACUAUUAUUCCUUCUGAAAGUAAGGGCUUCCGGGCAGCCCUGUCGUCACAGUCUAUCAUUCUGGCAGAUAUGUUUUUAGGUGUCACUGUUGACACUGCCUUGCAAAACGUUAAUAUCAAGGAGGAUAUGUUCCCAGUGUCACCGAGCCAAGUACCAGAUGUUCAUUUCUUUUAUAAGUCUUCCACAGCCACCACAUCUUGUAUUAAUGGACGAUCGACUGCUGUGAAGAUGAGGUGUAAUCCCAUGAGACCUGGUGCAGGUGUGAUAUCAGUCCCCAGCAAGUGUCCAGCUGGCACCUGUGAUGGUUGUACCUUCUACUUUCUAUGGGAGAGUGCAGAAGCUUGCCCUCUGUGCACAGAACAUGACUUCCAUGAGAUCGAGGGAGCCUGCAAGAGAGGGCUUCAGGAAAUAUUAUAUGUAUGGAAUGAACCUAAGUGGUGCAUUAAAGGAAUUUCUUUGCCCGAAAAGAAGUUGUCAACCUGCGAAACUGUUGACUUUUGGCUGAAAGUGGGAGCUGGUGUGGGCGCGUUCACAGCCGUUUUGUUGGUGGCUUUAACAUGCUACUUUUGGAAAAAGAAUCAAAAGCUGGAAUACAAAUAUUCUAAAUUAGUAAUGACGACUAACUCAAAAGAGUGUGAACUCCCAGCUGCAGACAGCUGUGCUAUCAUGGAAGGAGAAGAUAAUGAAGAGGAUGUUGUAUAUUCCAACAAACAGUCACUACUAGGAAAACUUAAGUCUUUGGCCACAAAGGAAAAAGAUGACCACUUUGAGUCUGUUCAGCUGAAAUCCUCAAGAUGCCCCAAUAUAUGAAGAGACAAUGCUGUAGCAUUCAGGACCCCCAUUAGGACUUGUCCUCACAUCUGACAUGGCUGUGAUCUCACAAAGGAGGUGUGCCAAUGAGAGGAGGAGGCAAAAAUGCUGAUUGCCUUAUAACAUGUCACAUACUUUGUCAAACUACAGAAGACAGAUGAUGUGGGUCUCACUGAAGAUGAAGCUUAACUCAGGAAGAGAUUUAGCUGUAUAUACACAUAACUGAAACCCAAGUUUAAGCCCACCAAUGCACUGCUGAGCAUGCCAUAUGAUUACUGGGUAACUUUAAUUCUUUAUACUGUCUACAUACAAAAUAUGUGUUGGAAGGCAGACAUAAACAUAUGCCUUGUGUUUCCACGUAUGUCUUGUUCUUGUACUUUGGGAGAAGAUUUGGAAAAAAAAUUAAGUUAUAAUUAUUUUUACUUUUCUUUCUCCAAGACUUGAAAACAUCUUUUUUUUUUAAUUAAAAUGAUGAGUAAUGAAAGACAAAUUUUCAUAGGUUAUUUUCUCUUAACUUCAGAAGCCUAGGAUAUCAGUAAUAUUUUGUGAAGUUAUUUAAUUUUGUUAUCUAAGAUGAUAAUCCCUUUUAAAAAUUCUUUCCUUGUUUGAACUAGUAUGAAAAAUUUAAUUGUUUGAAGGAAUCUCAUGGGAUGGGAUUGGAGGUGAUAAAAGCCAAGAAGAAGCCUCAACAUUCCAUUAAUUUAGACAAUCUGGCAUUAUCAGAAGUCAAAGGCUUAAAGCAUUUGAGUGUUGUUAAAGAAUAAAAGGUGUGUGCGGAGCACCUUGUUUAGUAAACCCCUGCAUAGUCAUGAGGAAGGAGAGAUACAGCUUAACCCUAAGCACAGAAAACUCUGCUUGUUUGGGCUACAAGUGUCAGCUGGGCCAUCCCUCCUCACCAGGCACCAACCAGAGCACUGCAGGUUUUUAUGUUUUCUUUGCUAGAAGACUUUGAGGAUUAUGAAUUUCUUGAAGAUUUUAUUUUUAAGCCAAUAAGGAAGAAGUUCAAUUUUUGAAAUGCAUAUACUUGUAUUCAUAGUAACCACCUUCUUAGCAAUGCAUUGUUCUUGUUCGAAAGCAACCCAGAAACUUGUGACAUUUCUCAUGAUGGAUUACCAGUAUUAGUGUGACUUGGAUAUUAUUUUUGAAAGAAGUUUGACGGUGAACUUGAUCAAGCUUGUGUAAACAUUUAGACCUGGGAAUUAGAGUAUCUUACCCAUUAUUGAUAUAAGAUGUUCUGGUUUGUUUCCAAUAAACCAAUAAUCUUUAUAGAUCUUAAUCCAGAUAUUUAAAAAGAUUUUUGAUUGGCUGAAGGAGGCAAAGCUUAUGAGUAAGGUUUUCACCAUGUGUUUUUCCUGGUGUUUCAGUGCUUGUAAUAUUUGAUUUUGUGGGUGAUGUAGUCUUUAUUUUUGUGAAAAAUGGGAGAAAAUGAAUAAAUGAAUAAUUGUGCUUAUUGGCCAGAGGGUAAACCACUAGACCUUUUUGCUACCACUAAAAGAAUGGUUGAAUGCAUGUGUAUAUGUGUGUGUGCAUGUACAUGUGUGUAUGUGAGUAUGUAUGUAUCUACUACUAAGUAUAAAAAUAGGUGAUGUAUUAUUGUUUGUCAUAAGACUGAAGAGAAUGUUACUUAGCAUAAUUUUUGCAUUUAAUUUCUUGAAUAUUCUAAAUUAUUUUGGCUUUGCUCACUUUUGUCCCAAUGUCAGAAUAUUGGCAUGGCUUUCCCUAUCAUAAUCAAAAUUUAACCAGGAGAGUGGAAAUACACUUGAAAUAUCACUCAGAGGAACUGGUGCAAAGUACAGACUGGACAGAGUCAGAAAGAUUCUUCUGUCACCUGUCACUCUUCUUCACCCUCUCCUGUGCUCAACAUGUAUGUUCCAAGCCAUAGAAAUAAUUGGGAUUUGCUCCCAGGUACUUCUUUCUCUUGUCACUGGACUGAAAUCUGUGACAUGUCAAAAAUGCCUUAAACUUUAAUGAACUCUCUGAAAAUGUAGUUGAUAUUGAAGAACUUAUUUUAUUUCUAAUUUUAGAUAUUAAAUAGAUUUUCAUUUUGUCAGCUCAGUCCCAUCUUUGGAUUCCCAUGGCUUGUCAUUUUAUUCUAAGAGAUGAAGAACUAUGACAGAAUAUUAUGAGGAGAAUAUGCAGACCAAUUUUAGCUAUAAAAUUGUUUAGUUUUAUGUAUGGCCUUUGAUAAGCCCAGUGAAAUGUUAAAAGCUAUAACUAAAUUAUUCUGCCUCUAUGACCUAUUGACACUUACUCUCCCCAUCACAACCAGUGAUAGAAAAAUACAUUAUUUAUUAUUUUUUCUAAAAGGCAUACUUUGGAGCCUUAAAUACUUCAUUAAGUCAACUGUUGUGUAUAACAUCUCUUAGCACUGUGUCAAAACAUAUUUAAGUCAUUUUUCUACUGGAUGAGAACAUGUCUUCUAUGGAUAAAUUAUAUUAUGCUAUUUAACAAUGUUGAGCAAUUUGGUAUAUAUUCACUUGAUUUAAAUGACUGAAUUUUAUUAUUAUUGGCCCUUUUCCUUUUUGGUUACUAAUAAUCAUAUCCUUCUUAGGAUUAAACAUAUUUCAUAGUA